AGAUAAUCGAUAAUAUUAUCUAGAUUUGAAGUUGAAUUGUCUUUGUCGGAGGUGGUUGCAUUUGCCCGGAUAUGCGAUCUCCUUAGAAGACUGUCCAUGGAAGGGAAAGCAAAUUCUGCGGGCCCAAUGGCCGCCGCACUCAUAGAGAUGGAGCCCAUCGCGCAGCAGAUGCACAUCUUGCCGGAAGACACCCUCAAGCAGAUCGGCAAGGGUGCCUUGGUGAAAUUCACUCAGGCAUGCGAUGACACCGAGAAAGUGAGCCGGGUCUAUCAUAAUCUAUUAGACACUUAUUCAACUGCAUCUCUGUCGCAUUCUCAUACCACCGCCGCUUGUAAUGCGCUCAGCGCCUUCUUAGAUGCUGCUCUUGUUUCCCAUCAUGACUCCACAAGGCAACUUGUGUAUUCCGACGAGACCUGGUUGUCUGUCUUCGAGGUCUUUAUGACUCGAUACAAAGAUGCCAAGCCUAAGCCCAUGAAGCAGGUCAUGGAGUCCUUGGUCCUGCUCCUGGCUAAGACCCGCAAGCAAUUUGAUAGAAGCUCACUUCAAAAGAAAAUCGUCGAGCUCACGAUCCCUAGUAUCCUACUAGGCGAACCUCGCGCUCGUCUCAAAGCUUCUUUCGCCUCGCUGGAGAUGAUCGUUCGCAAGAAUGCAAUUGCCCCUUCAGAGCUAAUCUCAAUCCUCGACCAGUGGCUCCAUACAAACCAAGAAAGCUGGAUCGCUAUGUACCAGGCUGAUUGCGAGGCUCUUUCGAUUGACGUCUUGCCCUACAUCCACAGUGCCGCAGGACAAGACACAUCGAGAACGACAGUUGAGAUUUUUAUCCUCGGCUUAUUGGCACGCGCCACCAAACCGGAGCUUGCAGCCUCGUCUGGUGAUCUCAUGGCAGCUUUCCUUCAGAAGAUCAAGGCUACACCGGGACUUAGUCACCUGCUUUCCAUCUGGGUGGCACCUGUUCGACAUGUCACACUGAGAACUCUUGAUGAUCUGGAGUACAUGUCGAAUUACAUUCUGCAGCCUUGUUUCGAGGUAGACGCAAACGGUUUUAGAGAUUUCAUCGAGAAGUUUCCUCUUCAAAGUCUGCUCGCUGGUGACAUGAGCGAUGCCCCUAUCGCCGAUUUCAUGGUCUUGUUUGCUUCUUUGCAGGUAGGCAAGAAGAUUGGACUCGUUCAUGAAGAUCAUUAUGCUGGCAAGCCCAGCUCCACCGCUGCUGACGCCGACCGCGCCCUUGUGUUGAAGAGUGAGGUGAUUGGACAAUUUCUUUUCCACCAUGAUAUGACCAUCAGGAUAGCGACUUUGUCGUUGUUGAUUAGUGCACCCUCGUCGACCAAGGCCGUCUCAUCCGCCACGAUGAGGGCCAUCGUGAACGGACUGCCAUCUCUGCACUGCGAAUCGGAGUCUUAUUCAAGAGGAGAGGUAUUGAGCCUGAUUCGUAAACUGGUUGUCCGUUUGAAAGGUGGAAUUCUGGAGGAUCAAGACAGAUUGAAGGGUGAGAAGGCCGCCGCAAAGAAAAGCACUCAGCAUGACUUUUCCGGUACCUCUGUCACCGGGAAAUGCUUGGCUGAGUACUUCAGCUUCCUCAAGGCUGACUUACGACCCACGGCUUCAUACCCACGCCAUAUUGCUGCGCUGAAAACCCUCAUUUUCUUUAUCGAAUCCGGGCUGGAUUCACGAUUCAGCGCUACGGAUAACAACAAAUCUCGUUGGGCCUGCAAUAUGAACAUUUUCGAGCCCACUUUGCUCCGGCUACUGGUCGACCUUCUACUUGACCCAUUUGAGGAAGUGCGCGCGACGUCUCUUUAUCUGCUGAACUUGUUCCCGCGGGAAGUUCUUUUCAGCAUCGACUCGCAACCGCAGGGCGAUCUGCAGACAGGCGAACCUCAAAUCAUUGAUGGUUUGUCAAAGGCAGAACAGCUGGCAAGCAACACUAGCAGGGCUGAUUAUGCAGAUACUGUUGCUCGUCUUUACCACAUACUCUUUUGCUCUGCAGCCUUGGAAGAUAAACCCACUUCUGCACCGUGGUGGGAAGCCAAGUCCACAGUGGUCGAGUAUCUCCUAACCAAGCUAGAGCAGAAACUCUCCUCCGCGGGCGGUCUUUUCAACUCCUCUAUGCGUGAUGCGCCUCUGCACGGCCACAUCUCGGCGCUAAGGUAUAUUGUCGCAACACCAAAUUUCUAUUCGUUGGUAUCCGAUAAGACCACAAACUAUGACAAGUGGAGGAGGUACCACGUCAGGAUCGUGCACGUCUGUGACCGGAUUUGGAAUGAAGUUCGGCCUGUCCUGUGCAUCGACUCUCCAGAGGGUCAUACGGACGAGCCAAUUGAGGAUUUAGGUGUCGGGCCCAAGGACAUUCUUUCCUAUUCUUGGCGCGCACUUCGCGAAUCAAGUCUCCUCCUUCAUGCCACACUCUCCAACAAAUCGUACAGCCCCCCAGGUGACAAUGGAUUAACCGAACAACAUUUCGACAACUUGGGAAGUCUCAGCUUUGUCCAGCUGGCUGAGCUCCGACACAGAGGUGCAUUCUCGACGGUGUCGCAGACGUUCGCGACCUGCUGCCAACGCUGCGCCCAAUCGAGCGAUCCAGCGAUAUCUGAGUUGCCUCAUCGAUUCUAUCAGGAGGCCAAGAAAACUAUCUUCGAAUCGGCAUCCAAGCUCACGCGUCGUUCAGCUGGUCUUCCCGCGCUGGUUGUGGGAAUCCUGUCGUCGAAGCCAGGCGGGCCACUCUUCCAGCAGGUUAUACAAGAGCUCCACGAUAUUUCCCACCUCCCUGCAGAACAAGACAAAACUAGACAAGACACCCCAUUGCCUCAGGUCCAUGCUAUGAACUGUCUCAAAGACAUUUUCACCAACACCAAGCUCGGCCCUCAUACUGAACCCUUCAUCAUGCCUGCGUUGCAUUUGUCGGCUGAGCGUCUUGGUUCUCCCAUAUGGGCUCUCCGCAACUCUGGUCUCAUGUUGUUUCGGGCUCUCUUGACACGCAUGUGUCGCACCGGCACCGGGCUGGGAUUUGGUGGUGAAUCUGGAUCUGAGCCCGGCGCCAGAGUCUCCUUUCAGAAGUAUCCUGGCUUGUUUGAACUUCUACCCACUCUCCUGAAUCCGUCUGAGAAGAAUAAUUCUACUGAUCAAAGCGACACGGCGAUGGUCACCGAACGUGUUUUCCCGGCCUUGGAGCUGAUUGCCGAGAAGGUACCUUAUGUGACUGGCGUGGAAGACGAGAUCUUGCGGGGCCUAGUCCGCGUACAGCUCAAGAGUCCCGUUUGGGGUAUCAGGGAGCAUGCGGCUCGGGUCUACGCGUCUUUGCUGCAUCGCGCGGAUAUAUUGACCAACAUCAAGACCUUACUAAGUGUUGAGCGAGAUACCAAGACGCAGGAUUACCUCCAUGGCGAAGCGUUGUGCAUCAAAUACUCUCUCCGUCGAUUUGCAUCUAGCUCGGACGCUUUUUGGAACGAGAACAUCGAUCGAGUUUGUUCCACGCUACGGGAUGUCUUCGCCGCAUCAUUCCCUCUUGCGGAGUCUCCAUUCAUUGCGACCACGCUUCUGGAGAUUUUGAGUGAUACGGUAGAGAAGAGCAUCGAUUCGGGCUCUGAACACACGGUGGCUUUGACUAUGGAUUCUAUGACCGUCAAAUAUGCCUUCCAGGAUAUCCUGGAUUUCGUACUCGACUCAUCACAUCCAUCCUGGAAAUCUCUCAGCACCACCCGUGCUUCGUCCCUUCUCCGCCGGGCGAUCUCGUGGGUCACAAUGCUGCACAUGCUUAUCGCCGGCAAGGUCAAUGAUCUUGAACCCUUCGUUCGUACGGUAUCGAACUUCGACCUCAAUGCCGGCCAGUGGUUGUUGGAAAGAGUGCAAGAGAUCUUCGGGCAGAGGGAGCAGUUUGGAAAGACGUUGAUCGGUCUGUACUCUGCUGUUAUUCUCGGAGACUACCCUGAAGAGGUCAAGGCGGUCGCCAUUUCCUGCUUGGCAUCGAAGCUGCAAGCAGUGUUUGACUUCCACAACGAAGCUCUUCCCCAGAUUGAUCUUCCAUGGGGGGCAUUGGAAGGCCAACUAAAGCAUGGCUCGAGCCAGCACAUCUGGAACCGGGAUAGGUCUGACGCUGAACUACAACUGCAUGGCAGUUUACUUGCUGCAAAGUCUAUUGCUCUGAACAACCAGAGCUCUGAGAACGACAUCAAUGAGUGGACAACUCGCCUUCGCUUUGCGAUGCGCGAAGAAACAGAGUACACCACGCGACUCGCUGCGGUGCUCUCUGUGUCAGCGUUUGGCCGCAUCCUGCGUCCUGCAGGCAAGGCACCACUUACCGACAAGGCGUUCCUGGAUAUUUACCUGGUUCUUUACGACAUGCUGAACGACGACGAUGAAGAGCUGCGUGAUCUUGCCGCCCCAACUGCUUCCUGGGUUCUUUCCUACUCUUCCGUGUCCCCGUCCAAGGCCGUCGCUCUGUCACCGUCAAAUGCUAGCGAGCUUCUGUCCGCUUUCAUCGCCCAAAGUUACCACAACUCGCAGCGCCUUCGUAAGAAGGCUGUCGCCUAUAUCGUUGGCUCCGACUCCCGGAUCAGUACCUCCGCCGCUCAGUUUGUGCCUGUCUCCACGACCCUUUCCAACCUGCGCAAGGAAAGCACAAUCUUGUUUGAGGAGGAGAAGCAGAAUCUGUUCAUCGACGACGUCCGUGAAGUUGAUGUUUGGACCACGCAGCUGGUCCGCUUGAAGGAAGCGGCGUACGACCAAGCCUCGAUCCAGGCACUUUACACAUGGGUGUCGGAGGGGCUAUCGUGCUUUGGAGAUGUCUUUGCAAAUCCCGCUGAAAAGGACGGACUGUUGGGCUGGGCGUCCAAGCCUGAAACAUUCACCUUGGGCGUACGUUUGCUUGGGUUGGCGACUGUUGCGGUCUCUAAGGAUUCUGCCGUCUCUGGACUUUUGGGACAGGAGCGCGUCACUGAGCUGAAGGAGAAGCUUCAGGCUUUGCUUGCGCACGGCAAAACAUCUUUGAUUCAUGAUGAUUGGAUCUCGCGGAUUCAAGAGGCAUUGGAUUCCUUAUGAUAGCGUGUUGCUUAGAGGUUUAGAUAAAAUACAGCGGAGGGUGUUGGGUGGUUGUAUCAAUAACGAUUCACUUGCACGAACGACGACUUUCCAAUAAGAGAUUUCACGAACUAAUUCUCAUAAUUGCUUCCUAGCUCACUGCCAUGGCAAUCCCCACUCGAUCAAUGUUCACCCUUCCUUUCACUCAUCACAAAAC